AUGUCUUUGAAUCAAAUGCAAAUCAAGCAGGAAAUCAGCCUCCCACCUGGCCUGAGCAAAACGAUUUCAAAGCAAAGCCAAGAGCCUGUGCCGUGCACUGAGCCGGUCCCAUGUCCACAGCAGCAACCUGAAGUCCAAGUCCCAACACCUUGCCCGGAACCAGUCCCAGUAGUAGUGGUACCAUGCCCAGAAAAAACAGUGCCAUUGCCAACACCGGUGGUGGAACCAGGCAAGGGAGAAACACCAGUGGUCGUAAUACUCAAGUGUCCACCCCAGGAACAGCAGCAGCAACAGCAAUGCAAGCUACCACCAGCUUUCCCACCUAUACCAUGCCCUGAGCCUGUUCCAUGCCCCGAAGAGAAAUCAGCAUACAAAGAGCUGCCUGUGCCAGCCCCUGUUCCGUGCCCUGAACCCACACCAUGUGCCCAAGAAAAGCAGCAGUGCGAGGAGACUCCUGUGCCAAUCCCUGUUCCAUGCCCUGAACCUGCACCGUGUCCUCAGGAGGAGCAGCAAUGCAAGGAGAUCCCUGUGCCAAUCCCUGUUCCAUGCCCUGAAACUGCACCGUGUCCCCAGGAGAAGCAGGAGUGCAAGGAGAUCCCUGUGCCCACCCCGUGCCCUCCAGAGAAGCAGGACUGCAAGGAGAUCCCCAUGCCAACCCCUGCUCCCUGCCCUGAGCCAGUGAAAUGCUUCCUUCCAGAGAAUUGUCCUCCCAUCGAGCAGCAGCAGGUGAAGCAGCCCAACCAGUGGCCACCCAUGCAGAAGUAA